GACUCUCGGAAGCCGAGAAAGGUUGAAGAAGCGUUUCUGGAGGGAGGCGAGCGUCCCAGCAGCACAGGCGUCGGGCUGGAGCGGGCCCCGAGGGGCGGAGGUCCGGGAUGGGCCUGCUGAAGGGCCUCCUCCGAGCCCGCAAGCUGCUGCUCGCCCUCUUCGUGCCGCUGCUGCUGCUGCCUCUGCCCGUGCGCCACCCCAGCAGCGAGGCUGCGUGUGCUUAUGUGUUGAUCGUGACUGCUGUGUACUGGGUGUCCGAGGCGGUGCCUCUUGGAGCUGCAGCCCUGGUGCCUGCCUUCCUCUACCCGUUCUUCGGAGUCCUGCGAUCCAGCGAGGUGGCGGCCGAGUACUUCAAGAACACCACGCUGCUGCUGGUGGGUGUCAUCUGCGUGGCGGCGGCUGUGGAGAAGUGGAACCUGCACAAGCGCAUAGCUCUGCGCAUGGUCCUGAUGGCCGGAGCCAAGCCGGGCAUGCUCCUGCUCUGCUUCAUGUGCUGCACCACGCUGCUGUCCAUGUGGCUCUCCAACACGUCCACCACCGCCAUGGUCAUGCCCAUCGUGGAGGCCGUGCUGCAGGAGCUGGUCAGGGCCGAGGAGGAGCAGCUCGUGGCCGGCAGCUCCAGCGCCGAAGAGGCCGAGCCCAUCAAUCUCGAUGUAAACAACAGCCAACCUUCCCUGGAACUCAUCUUUGUCAAUGAAGAGACGUCGAAUGCAGACUUCAGUUCUCUGAUGCAGAACAAGAACCUGAAUGGCGUGCCCGCGAUCACCAACUCCGCCAGAACAGCAAACCACCAGGACAAGAAGCAGCACCCAUCUCAGGAAAAGCCACCAGUCCGGACCCCCAGCCCCAGGAACCAGGAACUCAAAAGAAAGUAUAAGUCCCAGCAUGACCAAAUGAUCUGCAAGUGCCUCUCUCUGAGCAUCUCUUACGCUGCCACCAUCGGGGGCCUGACCACCAUCAUUGGCACCUCCACCAGCCUCAUUUUCUUGGAACACUUCAAUAACCAGUAUCCAGCAGCAGAAGUGGUCAACUUCGGCACCUGGUUCCUCUUCAGCUUCCCCAUCUCCCUUAUCAUGCUGGUGGUCAGCUGGUUCUGGAUGCACUGGCUGUUCCUGGGCUGCAAUUUUAAAGAGACCUGCUCUCUCAGUAAGAAGAAGAAGACCAAAAGAGAAGAGUUAUCAGAGAAGAGGAUCCAAGAGGAAUAUGAAAAGCUGGGAGCCAUUACCUACCCGGAAAUGGUGACUGGAUUUUUCUUCAUCCUGAUGACGGUGCUGUGGUUUACCCGGGAGCCUGGCUUUGUUCCUGGUUGGGAUUCCUUCUUUGAAAAGAAGGGCUAUCGCACCGACGCCACAGUCUCUGUCUUCCUUGGCUUCCUCCUCUUCCUGAUUCCAGCGAAGAAGCCUUGCUUCGGGAAAAAGAACGAUGGGGAGGACCAGGAGCCCUCACUGGGGACGGAGCCCAUCAUCACAUGGAAGGACUUCCAGAAGACCAUGCCCUGGGAGAUUGUCAUUCUGGUGGGAGGAGGCUAUGCUCUGGCUUCUGGCAGCAAGAGCUCCGGCCUUUCCACGUGGAUCGGGCACCAGAUGUUGUCUCUGAGUAGCCUCCCACCGUGGGCUGUCACCCUGCUGGCGUGCAUCCUGGUGUCCAUUGUCACAGAGUUUGUGAGCAAUCCGGCCACCAUCACCAUCUUCCUGCCCAUCCUGUGCAGCCUGUCCGAAACGCUGCACAUCAAUCCGCUCUACACCCUGAUACCGGUCACCAUGUGCAUCUCCUUCGCAGUGAUGCUGCCAGUGGGCAACCCCCCUAACGCCAUCGUCUUCAGCUAUGGGCACUGCCAGAUUAAAGAUAUGGUGAAAGCUGGUCUGGGGGUCAAUGUCAUUGGCCUGGUGAUAGUGAUGGUGGCCAUCAAUACAUGGGGAAUUAGCCUCUUCCACCUGGACACUUUUCCCGCCUGGGCUAAGGUCAGUAACAUCACUGAUCAGGCCUAACACAAGUGGGCAAACGGCCCAACCAAAGGAGCUGCCAGCACCCGGCAGAAUCUGACCAACAGGCCAAGCAAACCACCAGGAGUGCAAAACCCCCAGCAGAAGAUUCCGCCAGCUACCACCUCGAGUGAAGUGCAGGGAGCCUCCAACAACCAAAUGCACGGGCUCAGAUGUUAGUGUCUUCUGCUCUGCCCUCCCUCCUUAGCACCACAGCUCAAGGAAACCUAAAACCGUUCUCACUUCCUUGUAUCUAGUCUCUCCAAUCAGCUCUUUCUGAAGACAGGAAGAGACAAAAGCCUGUCUUUGUUGCCCCUCAGAGGCUAAGCCUCACAAAAUGACUAGUCUCACUGGGUUUGAUGUUAUUCUUAAUUUCUCAAUCCCUUUUAGGAGUAGAAGGAGAAAUCCAAAUCAUCCUACCUAUGCACAGAGAGUGACACCAGUGACUUCUCCUCUUUGGGGGAAAAUCUCACCUAGAACUUGAGACCUAAUGUUGGCUCCUUUCUCUCAAGUGUUUCUAUCUUAAGUUCUCUCCACAAAAAGGCAGUUCUUAGUAAGUCCUCUUUGUGGCAAUCAGUACUCUUUUAUCACUACUCUGAUUACUUUUUAAGCGUCUCUCUUCUAUGGCAUCUCUAUACCUUGGCACCAAAUUCCUGUAAAGAAAUAGUGUCCCCUUCAGGAAGAGGCUGGUGCUGUUCUCUCUGUCAAAGGAAAAGGAAGUAGAGAAAGAAGACACAUUGAGAUUAGUGUCUCUCUCUUCACUCAUCACUAACCAUCAAUACCACCGUGCUGGUUAAGUGUCGGGAGGGAGAAAAAAUGUUCAUACUUGUCUUAUUAAGGAGGCCGAAACUGUGAUUAAGACCAUAGCACUAUUAAUGAUAUCUGACGGACUUUCUUCUGGAGGUCACGAGUAGUUCGUCCCUGAGAAGACAAGCACAGAAAGGUCCAAACACAUCAGUCACUUUCUACAAGUUAAUGAGCCUCUUGAGGGGAGGGAAGAUGUCUUAUGUCUCCUAACGUCCCCAACAACUUAUACAAUAUAGUAAACUGUACCUGCUCAAUAAAUGUUUCCU